UACAAAGCGAUGACUGUCAUAAACUUUAGAGACCACGUGACGUGUCAGCCGCUCAGUCAUGUGACGCAUAGGAGUUGGGCUCGUGCCCUGAGCAGCAGUUUGGGGCUCGUGCAGCCUCCACAGAGAUAUCCCUUCAGGUCCAGGAUGGGUUUUAACGUCUUUGCCCGGUUUGUUUUCGUCCUCUGUGUUGGUUCGGCUCCUUCCGCUUCAUCCCACAUCCCUAACGAUGGAGACGCCUACAUUCUGGACGAUAAGGACGGACUGGGACGGGUUUUCGACGGGAUCGGAGGUCUGAGCGGAGGGGGGGCCACGUCUCGUCUGCUGGUGAACUACGCGGAGCCGUACCGAAGUCAGAUCUUAGAUUACCUGUUCAAGCCAAACUUUGGAGCGUCUCUCCACAUCCUGAAGGUGGAGAUCGGUGGAGAUGCCCAGACUACAGACGGCACCGAGCCGUCACACAUGCACUAUGAAAAUGACGAGAACUACUUCAGAGGAUACGAGUGGUGGCUGAUGAAGGAGGCUAAGAAGAGGAACCCAGACAUCACUCUGAUAGGUCUGCCCUGGGCCUUUCCUGGCUGGGUGGGUCACGGUAAAAACUGGCCAUAUGAUUACCCAGACAUCACUGCAGCGUACGUGGUGAACUGGAUCCUGGGAGCCAAACAGUACCACGACCUGGACAUCCAGUAUGUGGGGAUCUGGAAUGAGCGAAACUACGACAGCAAAUACAUCAAGCUGCUGCGUUACACGCUGGAUAAGAGCGGCCUGGAAGGCGUCAGGAUCAUAGCCAGUGACAACCUGUGGGAGCCCAUUUCUCAGACGCUGCUGCUAGACACUGAACUCGUCACGGCUGUAGAUGUGAUAGGGGCUCACUACCCGGGUACCACCACCGUGUUAGACGCUCUGAAGACCCAGAAGAAGCUGUGGUCAUCUGAGGACUACAGCACCUUCAAUGACGAGGUGGGAGGAGGAUGCUGGGCCCGAAUCCUCAACCAGAACUACGUCAACGGACUCAUGACGGCAACGAUCUCGUGGAACCUGGUGGCGAGCUACUAUGAGCAGCUCCCGUUUGGCAGAGACGGCCUGAUGACAGCCCAGGAGCCAUGGAGCGGAAACUACGUUGUGGAGUCUCCGAUCUGGAUCACAGCUCACACCACUCAGUUCACUCAGCCUGGAUGGACCUACCUGCAGACCGUCGGACACCUGGAGAAAGGAGGAAGCUACGUGGCUCUGACUGAUGGUAGAGGAAACCUCACUGUUGUAAUAGAAACUAUGACUCAUGAUCACUCCGUAUGCAUCCGACCUCCUCUCCUCCCCUACAAUGUGACGUCCCAGAAUGCAACUUUCCAGCUGAAGGGAUCCUUUGCCUUCAUUAAGGAGCUCCAGGUUUGGCAAUCACAGUUUAACUUUAAAACCAAGAAGCCGUCAUUCUUCCAGAAGCUGGCGCCAUUGAAGCUUUUAGACGGAUCUUUUACGUUGAAUCUGGCUGAAGACGAGGUUUAUACGUUAACGACAUUAAAAACAGGACAGAAAGGAGUUUACCCUGACCCUCCACCCUCCGCUCCCUUCCCUAAAGUCUACAAGGAUGACUUCAAUGUCCGAAACCCAGCGUUCUCAGAGGCUCCCAACUUUGCAGAUCAGACCGGCGUGUUCGAAUACUUCAUGAACCUGACCGAUCCUGGACCUCACGUCUUCACCUUACGUCAGGUUCUGACCCAGAGACCCGUUACCUGGGCGGCAGAUGCUGACCAGACCAUCAGCGUGGUUGGAGAUUAUCAGUGGCAGAAUGUGACCGUGUCGUGUGACGUCUUCAUGGAGACGGUGAAGACUGGAGGCGUGUUUGUAGCAGCUCGAGUUGACAAAGGAGGAGGCUCGAUAAGGAGCGCUAAAGGAGUUUUCUUCUGGGUGUUUGCAGACGGCACGUACAAAGUCACCAACGACCUCGUUGGACAGACAGUUCUUGCAGAAGGAAAGUCUGGAACUCGAGCGUUUGGUUGGCACACUUUAACACUAACCAUUGAGGGCCAGUUUGCGUCCGGUCUACUGAACGGGUACCCACUGUGGAAGAACGCCGUGGUGCUAACUCCUCAGAAAGGCUGGGCGGCGAUUGGAACCCGCUCCUUUGAGCUGGCUCAGUUUGAUAACUUUAGUGUGGUGGCCGAGAAAUGAUUGUACUGUGGAGCUUUCGCUCUGCUGUGGUUAAAUUAUUGACUUGAUUGAUGCUUUAACAAAACGCUGUGCUGAUGAAGGUUUUCUUUUUCUUCUUCUCUUGUUGAUUUUAAAGACAAAACUUGAAUUAAGGGAACAAAAUGGGAAAUAAUGUAACAUGCACUGCUGCCUUUUAAUUCUUGCCUGAUGGAAGUGUAAAUUAUUUUUUAUGGAAUCUAAGAGUUUUAUAAAUAUGUUUGGGGUGAAUAAAGUGGUUUUAAAGAA